AAUCGUCGAUUAUUUCAGAAGACUUUUGCAACAUGACAGCCGAUGUUGAAAAUUCCGUUCGGGGCCCAAUCUUGGACAAGUUGCCCUCAGAGUGGAAAGAUGAAGGUAAUCAGAAAUUUAAGGAAGGGGAAUAUGGACCAGCAGUGGAGUGUUACACGAAAGCACUUAGUUCCUGUCAAGUUGAAAACCAGACGGAAAAGGCGGUUUUCUUCAAAAAUCGCGCCCAAGCCUAUUUCAAGCUUUCCGAAUUUGAAAAAUGUCACCAGGACUGUUCUGAGGCUUUGACUCUAGCCCCAGGGGAUUCCAAGGCGCUGUUUCGACGUGCAACAGCGUCAGAGAAACUGGGAAAGUUGGAUGAUGCAUACAGAGAUGCCAAGCAAGCGUUAGCCCUUGAGCCAGACAAUGCAGCGAUAAAAACGUUGAUGCAGGCCUUUUAUCGUGGAGACAUUGUUUCAACUCACCUUGCUGUGGACGUGAAGCUCAUGGCCGUCAAUUACUUCGGACAAGUUGCUCUUUGCAAAGCUCUUCUACCGGGAAUGAUUGCGCAAGGUGGUGGGAGCAUCGUUGUGAUUGGAAGUGUUCAGGGCAAGAUAGCAUUGCCCCAUCGGUCUUGUUACGCCGCUUCGAAACAUGCGUUGCAAGCAUUUUGCGAUUCAAUGCGGGCCGAAACGUCAAGCAGAAAUGUUUUUGUCACUGUGGUCAACCCAGGGUACGUGAGAACUGGCCUUUCGGAAAAUGCCAUGACUGCUGAUGGAUCCAAAUAUGGCUCGAUGGAUUCUACGACUGCCAACGGAAUGAGUCCGGAUUCCGUGGCGAAACGAACGAUCAAAGCUAUCAUUUUACGUGAAAAAGAAGUGACGGUUUCUGGUAUUGCCCCUAAGGCUGCUACUUGGCUGCGAAGUGUGCUUCCGUCGUUAUAUUUCUUCAUCAUGGAGUUCAGGGCUGGUGUGAGGAAACAGAUUGACGAUGAUCUCGCGAAAACGGAUUGAUACGAUUUUUUAAAAGCUUUUUGGGCAUUUCUGGACGCUUUUAGUUUUGAGUAAGACCGGUUUUCAGUGAUUUUUGUGUUUACUAGAAGAAACUAACUGCGAGUCCGAUUCUUGUGGCAUUUGCCCAAUGGGAAGUUCAUGUACGAGUUGCCGACAGCGAGUCCUAAUCGUUAUUUUUUCGGCUUUCGACACGAGUGAUUUUUUUGUGGGUAUUGUUGCAAUAAACAAUUUAUUGAGCUCAUUCAUUAA